CAGUGCCACUGCCCCACCUCAAACCUCCAUGAUCUGAUCCACAAAGCUCCUGAAAGCCACCACACCUCGCCUUUGCUCGCCCUCUCCAAGAACCACCCCUCAUCUCUGCUCCAAGAAGCCUUUUUUCGAGUUCCAGUUCGAGUGUUCGCCCUCCAUCACCAUGAUCCAAGAACUCCUCGGAGGGACACCCAUGGACCAGCAGCUCAAGUGCGGCGGCGCCAACGCGGCGGACCAGCACCACCCCUCGCUCCCCAUGGUGCUGCAGCCCAUCUCCUCCAACCCGUCCCCCACGUCCUCGUCCACCUCGUCGCGGUCCUCCACGCAGCGGUCGCCCUCGGCUACCUCCUCGCCGCAGGGUCCGCCGGGGCCGGAGCAGGCGCCGCUGCGCUGCCCCCGGUGCAACUCCUCCAACACCAAGUUCUGCUACUACAACAACUACAACCUCACCCAGCCGCGCCACUUCUGCAAGACCUGCCGCCGCUACUGGACCAAGGGCGGCGCGCUCCGCAACGUCCCCAUCGGCGGCGGCUGCCGCAAGCCGCGCCCCAUGCCGGCCCCCGUCGCCAAGGCGCAGCCUUCCUCGUGCAAGUCCGUGCUCGGUGUCGGCACCGCGCCGUCCCUUGGCCUCGGCAUGGGCGUGGGGGUUGGCGGACCCAUGUCCUGGGCCUCCGCGCCGCAGGCCGCCACCGCGCAGCUCAUGGCGCUGCUCAACAGCGCCAGGGCCGGCUACGGCGGCGGCAACGUGCACAGACUUCUCGGCCUGGACACCAUGGGGCAGCUCCAGGUCCUGCCUGGAUCGGCCCAUGGCAUGUCGCCGUCGCUGUGGCCGCCGCAGCCCACCCACCGGGCGACGAUGCCUCCUCCACCAAUGCACCUCGACUCGCAGCUCGGCAUGGGUUCGCUGGGGCUGGGCCAGGGCCACCACGACCUGCUGUCAGGGCUCGGGCUCAAGCCGCCCUCGUCGUCUCCGUCGCAGCUGGCGACGAGCUACUACAGCGACCAGCUGAACGCGGUGGUGAGCAACGGCAAUGCUGUGCGCCCGCCCGCGUACGACUCCCCAGCGUCAACCUACCCAUGCUCCACCGCGAUGUGCUCCCUCCCGCCGGCCGCGUCGCCCGUCUCGGCGGCACCGCCCAGCCACACCGUCGGGAUGGAUCAUCAGCAGCCACCCGUGACGUCGUUCGCCCCGCAGGAGAUGCAGUACUGGAGCGGCGGUCCGGCGUCGAUGUCCAUGGCGUGGCCGGACUUGCCCACCCUCAACGGCACCUUCCCAUGAUCGACACCGAGUCAGUCGACGACGACAUCGCAUGCAUGACAGCAGUAGUGUAGCUCAGCGUAGCGUAGCUCUUGUGGCGCUCUUUAAUUUUCUCAGGUGUGAGAUGAACUCGUGGGGAGGGUUUAACUAAGUUUUUCUUAUAUCAGCAGUGUUUUUUGUUAA